AUGGGCACCCUCGUCAACCUAAACACCCACCUCACGCCCCCGCGCCUCGCCAACCCCGACCCGGGCGCCACCAGCGGCCCCCCCAUCUUCACCAUCGAAGACAUGCAGCUCUUCCACCAAUACACGACGGCGACGUAUGCCACGCUCGACACGUCCCCCGCACAAUACCCCAUCUGGCAGCGCGCCGUCAUCGACGUCGGCUUCGAGCACGCGUUCGUGCUGCGCGGCAUGAUGGCGUUGUCCGCGCUGCACCUGGCGACCGGCGGCGGCGGCAACGGCGACAGUGCGGCGGCAAGGCGCUGGGUCGCGAUAUCGUCGGCGAACCUCAACGUCGCGCUGACGCAGUUCCGGCAGCUGCUCGAGGCGGGGGUAGAUGACAGGAAUUGCGUGGCUGUCUUCGCGUUCUCGGCGACGAUCGUGGUGCAUGCGUUGGCGGCGGGGCAGGCGCAAGCGGCAGCCGAUCCGGUGGCCGAGAUGAUCCAGUGCGUGCGCAUGGUUAAGGGCGUGACGUGGGCGGUGCUGUCGAAGUGGGCGGAGCUGCUGGGGUCGGUGGUGGGGCCGCUGGUUGCGAACGGGUUGAGGAGGGGGGUCAGCGCUGAGAUUGACGAUGUGGCGGUGCUAAGGGAGAUGGUCGAGGAGGAGUGUGUGGGCGAGGCGGCGGCCGAGGAGCGCGAGGUCUGUGGUGGCGCGGUGGACUUUCUAUGCGAGGUGGCGCGCGAGGGGAGAGGGUGUCCGCCUGGGGACUCGGUGCUGGGCAUCGUGUUUAGUUGGCCGGUGUUGUUGCCGGAGGCGUUUUUGGGGUUUCUUGCCGAGCGGAGGCCCGUGGCGUUGGUUAUUCUGUUGCAUUAUACGGCGUUGAUGGAUCAGAGUGGGGACUUUUGGUGGAUGAGCGGGUGGCAUCAGCGGGUAAAGGAGUUUGUAGAUCCGUUUUUACCUGAAAGGAUAAAAAAGUGGGUUCCCGAGUGA